UGUGUAAACAGGCUUCUUCCCAACUGAAACUUGUGUGCACCUGCUGUCAGUUAAGCCUGCUCCUGUUUGGCACUCCUCAACUUUGCGAACUUGACUUUUAUUAUUAUUUUUUAAUACCUCUAUCGUCUUAUUUGCUGUGGUCUUUUACGCUACCUUGAGUAGUCUGGUUUCGCUUCCUGGUCGCUCAGGUGUACUUACAGUUUGAACCAAGUCAUCAGGGAAGGAAGUUUAACCAUGUUUGAAAAUGUCCCCACAGUAUCCUCAGCCGAGCGUCAGCAGGUCCUGGGGGCUCUGGAGCGUUUGCAGGCCAAACUGGUUCAGAGAGAGGAGUGGACACACAGUGAUAUUCUGGGUAACCUGAAGGAGAUGCUGCAGAGUCCUCUGCUGAACCACAUCCUGACACUGCAGCACUCGGUUAAGCAGCUCCGGCAGCAGCUCAACAACAUGCCGCCUGAUGCUUGCAAUGAGUUCAGUUUCUCUAAAAAGGGUCAGCUCAUUAUGAGUGCCGUUAAUCCAGCCGGCAGCUUGGCACCACCCAGCCUCUCCCCCUCCAUCCUGACCAGCGCCUCAGCGGCAGCCAUCCAUCAGGCCCCGCCCUCGCCCGACUUCCUCCACAAAUGGAUCCUUGCCGCCGCCAAGGGUCGUCACACAGAGGUGGUCCAGCUGACUCGGCCCAUGACCGGUGGACUCGGCUUCAGUGUGGUCGGGCUGAACCCUACAGGAAGCAGCAUUCAGGGCGUCUUCGUCAAACACAUUACAGCCGGAGGCGUCGCUCACAGGAACGGCCGUCUGCAGGAACGGGAUGAGAUCCUGGUCAUAAAUGGGAAUCCUCUGGAGGCCGGGAUCAGCCAGCAGCAAGCCCUGAGUCUGCUGCAGCAGCCUGGGAGGACGGUGGAGCUCGUGGUUGCCCGAGAACAUCAGGCAGUGUCUCCAUCCACCUCCUCCACACACACGGAUCAGUGGGGCCACGUGGAGGAAAUCGAGCUGGUCAAUGAUGGAUCGGGUUUGGGUUUCGGCAUCAUCGGAGGAAAGUCAAGUGGAGUCGUGGUCCGGACUCUGAUCCCAAAUGGUGUCGCUCACAAGGAUGGGCGGCUCCGGACCGGUGACCACAUCCUUCGCAUCGGCACCACCCCCACCAGUGGUCUCAACAGCGACCAGGUGGUCAAGGUGCUACAAGGAUGUGGGAGUCGCGUCAACAUGCUGAUUGCCAGAGAUCCCUGGGUUCAGAAGUCUACUGCAGCACCGCCUCCACCUCCCCCUGACUCUGCGCCAAUUUCCGCCUUACCCCCCAGACUUCCUGAGCAAGAGCCCAAACGUCGAGUCAGCAAGACGCCGAACCUAGAGGGAUAUGAGAUCCAUGAAGUUUCUCUGGUCAAGAAAGAAGGUCAGAGCCUCGGAAUCUCCAUCAUCGGCAACAACCCUCUGACAAGCCAAGAUGCUGUUGGUGUGUUUGUCAAACACGUGGUGCCAGGCAGCGCUGCAGACCAGAGUGGAAACAUUCGGAUCCACGACCGACUGAUCGGACUGGAUGGCAUCAGUCUCCACGGUCUGACCAAUCAGGAGGUGUUGGAGGUGAUGAAGCAGACGGGUCAGACUGUGGUUCUCACUGUGGUCAGGAAGAAAGCAAGGCCCCUGGAGAGAUCGCUGGAUAAAGUGGAGAGAGAGCCGUCACGAGUGUCACUGAAGAGGUCACUUGAUCUCAGGAAUCGUUCUCCUGCACUGGCUUCAAUAGCCAAGCUUGAAAAUGCCAGUUCAAGUACAGCACAGCUCACAAGAGGUGCAGAGCUGAGGGCCAAGUGGGAGCAGGCGCUGGGUCCACAGUACCAAGUCAUGGUGGUGAACUUGGAUCCGGUGAUUGAAGAUGAUGAGGAGCUGCAGAAGUCUUCCAAGCUGUUGCCCAUUCACACUGUCCGUCUGGGAGUGGAGCUGGACUCCUUCGAUGGUCAUCACUACAUCUCCUCUGUGGCCCCUGGAGGUCCUGUUGACAAGCACGGGGUCCUGAGACCCGAGGACGAGUUGCUGGAGGUGAACGACGUCCAGCUUUAUGGGAAGUCUCGGCGAGAGGUAGUGUCCUUCCUCAAGGAGGUUCCUCCGCCUUUCACACUGGUCUGCUGCAGACAUCCCACGUCUGAGCUGGAACCAGAAACCGAGUCUGAUGCCGACUCCGAGAGAGACCUCGGACCCUUGACUGAGCCACGUCCUGGAGCCAGUGUGGAAGAGAUCGAACAGAAGCUGUCAUCCAUGCUGAGUCCCCACAACAACAGGGAGGAGGAUCCACCACCUGUCAGGCUGGAGCGAGCGUCUCCUGUAGACCAGGCGCUGCAAGAGCAGGAGAACCACUAUAGCCAGGACGAGGAGGACGAAGAGGAGGAUGAUGAGGAUGGGGAGCUGGCUCUCUGGUCUCCUGACGUCCAGGUGUUGGACCUGCAGAAGGAGCGGGACAAAGGCCUUGGCUUCAGCAUCCUUGACUACCAGGACCCAGUGGAUCCGGCUCGGUGUGUGAUGGUAAUCCGCUCUCUGCUUCCUGGCAGUCCAGCGGAGCGUCAUGGAGGUCUACUGCCCGGAGACCAGCUGGUGUCAGUCAACCAAACUCAACUGGACCUGCUGACCCUGUCGGAGGCUGUGGACGUUCUCAAGUCCGCUCCACCCGGUACCGUCCAGUUAGGGAUCCGCAAGCCCUUGGUGGGAGAAGAACCAGAGAGACAACGAGAGGAAAACACCAACACAUCCCUCCCUGUACACAAGGAUCUUGAAGAACAUUCUCUCCUGUCGUUGGACCGUCUUGCCAAACUACAGGAGGAUGAAGGGGAGGAGGAGUGCGAGUUGAUCUUGGACGGAGGCCUCCCUCGAUAUACGUCCUCCUCUACCACCAGUGCCCCACCACAACAGGAGGGCAAAGAGAUGGCAGUGGACGAGGAGGAUGUAGACCAGAGGGAGGAGGUCAGAACUGGCUCUCUGCCCAGGAGAGCUCCUCCUUCAUGGGAAGAGUGGAAGCUUACCUCCUCCCUGAAAAGAGGAGCUGCUGAGACAUGGAGGAGAGAGCAGGAUGGGGCCCACUGGUGGGACCAGGAGAGCAAUGCUUCUGGGAGAAAGUCUCUUCUUGGUUUCCUGGACUCCCACGACAGUGAAGCUGACUCAGAACUGACGCUGACGGACACCGACUCUGAAUCCAUUCGGGUGAUGAGCGCUGGGAGGAGGAAGAGACGGAGCCAAGGUGUCAGAGGAAACGGGGAGCUGCCCGAGCGUGAGGACGGUGAGGGAGAGGAGACCCCUGCCUUCAGUCACUGGGGACCCCCCCGCAGGGUGGAGGUGUGGUCCGAGGAGGGUCAAUCUCUGGGCCUGAGCAUUGUCGGGGGACGUCACGUCAUCAAGAGGCUCAAGAAUGGAGAAGAGCUGAAGGGCAUCUUCAUCAAGCAGGUGCUGGCUGACAGUCCGGCUGCCAAAACUCACUGUCUGAAGACUGGAGACAAGAUCCUGGAGGUCUCUGGUGUCGAUCUCCGCGGUGCAAGUCAUGAGGAGGCAGUCAACACAAUCAAGUCAGCUCCAAGUCCAGUCAUCUUUGUGGUGCAGAGUCUUUGUCCAAUGCCACGGCCGGCGUCCAUCACUGUUCCGUCCUAUAGCCAACACAAAUCAAGCAGGACUCAAUCUCCGAAUCCCACUGCACGACUGAGACCCCCUCCACCCUACAGACCGCCCAGCCAGUCAGAUCGAGAGCUGACUCCAGACCUGCAGCCGGCCAAAAAGCGCUGGUAUGAGCGAUAUGGAGACCUGGAGGGGGAGCUGCUGUGCGUGGAGCUGGAGAAGGAGCGCCAGGGUUUGGGCCUCAGCCUGGCUGGGAACCGAGACCGAUCUAAACUCAGCAUCUUUGUGGUGGGCCUUCAUCCCGGGGGAACAGCAGCCAAAGAUGGACGCAUCCGUGUUGGAGAUGAACUCCUGGAGAUCAACAACCAGGUUCUGUAUGGGCGGAGCCACCAGAACGCCUCGGCCAUCAUCAAGAGCGCGGCCUCCAAGGUGAAGCUCAUCCUGCUCAGAAGUGAAGAUGCCAUCAACCAGAUGGCUGUUGCUCCUUUUCCUACUCCAGCUGUUCCCACACUUACUCCUGCUAGUCCUGAGCCCACAUCAGCAGUUCCGCCCCAGCAUUCCGCCUCCACAGAAUGGCCCCGUCCGCCCGACAACCUGCCGCUCCUCCAGUCGUCAGAGCCACCGGAGGAGGGCAACAGUGAGGCAGAGCAGAACAGCACCGUCAAGAGUUUGAGAGAGGGCGACACAUGCAAGAAGCAGCAAGCAGCAGCAGCAGACUCUCCAGAGAAGCAGCUCCAGCCUCUCACUCUCUCUCCAGAGCAGCAGUCCUGCAGGUCGGUCAGCAGCCGACUCUCGGCCUCCUCCCCGCCUCCUCUCAUCAGUCCAGACCUGCCGGUCGCUAGCAAAGACCCAUCCUGCUGCGCGGUCGUACCAGGUCAGGAGACGGUGCUGGAGAUCUGCAAAGGCCGGUCGGGAUUGGGACUGAGCGUGGUGGGAGGGACAGAUACACAACUGGACGCCAUUGUGAUCCAUGAGGUGUACGAGGAAGGAGCUGCAGCCAGAGAUGGGCGGCUGUGGGCCGGGGAUCAGAUCCUGGAGGUGAAUGGGGUGGACCUGCGUGGAGCCUCGCACGAAGAAGCCAUCGCCGCUCUCCGCCAGACGCCGGCCAAGGUCCGGCUGACAGUUCUGAGGGACGAGGCUCAGUACCGGGAGGAGGAGAACCUGGAUGUCUUCAAGGUGGACCUGCAGAAGAAGAGUGGGAGGGGUCUUGGACUCAGCAUCGUGGGGAAGAGGAGCGGCAGCGGGGUGUUCAUCUCUGAGGUGGUCAGAGGGGGCGUCGCUGAGCUGGAUGGUCGACUGAUGCAAGGAGACCAGAUUCUGUCAGUCAAUGGCGAGGACACGAGGAACUCCACACAAGAGACGGUCGCCGCUGUGCUGAAGUGUGCCCGUGGCUCGGUCCAGUUGGAGCUGGGUCGGCUGAAAGCUGCCUCUUGGGUCUCGUCCAGACAGAACUCCCAGCGGAGUGAGGCGAGUCACAUCAGCAGGAGCAGCUCAGGAGUCCUGCCUCAGACUCACACUGCUGAGCCGCCCAAGCCCACCACCAGUCCCAACAACAACGUGGAGUCCUGCUCCACUUCCUGCUCAGAGUCCAACCUGCGUUCGGUCCACAUCACCAGGGGGCCCGACGACUCCCUCGGGGUGAGCAUAGCCGGCGGGAAGGGGAGUCCCCUGGGUGACAUUCCCAUCUUCAUUGCCAUGAUUCAGGCCAACGGUGUCGCCGCCAAAACACAUCGCCUGAAGGUUGGGGACAGGAUCAUCACCAUCAAUGGUCAGUCGGUCCACGGGUUGUCACACAGCGAUGUUGUGGACCUGCUGAAGCAGAGCUAUGGAGACAUCACCAUGCAGGUGGUCGCAGACACCAACAUCAGUGCCAUCACGAGUCAAGUGGAGAGUUUGUCCUGCAGCACAAGUCUUCCUGUCAACAUGGACGCACAUGCCUCUGACUCCGAGGGGCCAUGUCCACGCAGCAUCUGUCUGGAAAAAGGGGCGGAGGGUCUGGGCUUCAGCAUUGUCGGGGGAUUCGGGAGUCCACAUGGAGACCUGCCCAUCUAUGUGAAAACUGUCUUCAGCAAGGGCGCUGCGGCUGUGGACGGGCGUCUGAAGCGGGGCGACCAGGUCCUGUCGGUGAACGGGGAGAGUCUUCAGGGGGCCACACAUGAGCAGGCGGUGGCCAUCUUGAAGAAGCAGAAGGGAAGGGUCACCCUGGAGGUCCUCUCCUAACAAGUCUCUCCAGUCCAUGAUGAGCCCUUUAACAUGGUUCUGAUCCGCCAUGAAGACCGAGUCGGCCCUCCUCGACAGGAUCAAAGACUUGAUCUGGUGAUCACACCGACCAGGAACCACUUGAAGCAGAGUUUCUCCACCCGACGUCUGGUCUGACCAGUCGCCCUCAUGACAUCGCUUCUGACACACUACCUCAUGCCGACAGUAGUUUGAUCCACAUCCUCCAGAUGGCGCCAUCCAACCACCUGCUUAACUGUCUUGCUAAGCACUAGAUCACGUCGUGCUAGUCAUCUGAUGACUCUCUUAAUAUGUUUCUUUUAAUAAGGGCUACUAUCGUUUAUGUUCAGGACACCUGCAGGAGUCAACACUGGGUGGCGCCACUCCACCUAUUCAUUUCACUCCACUAAAUCGUUGGUGUUUUAAGAGGUAGAGGCCAUUGGGUGAGCGCCUGUUGUGCCACCCGGAAGAGUGGAGAAACUCUGCUGUCAUUGGCUGAGCAAGAGGGGCCUCUAGAAAAGCUUCGCAUGAGUGGUUUAGCCGCUAACCACGAGCACAAAUAGCAACACUUGCUGCAGCUAAUCUUAAACUUGUCAAUGAGGGAUCAUUGUAUGGUCUCGACCCAAAGACUUGGUUUCGCUCGUGAUCGACCCGUAGCAUGUUGUUCACACUUUUUUUCUCUCAAAAUAUUUGUCACAUAUUUCAUGUCUCGUUGGAGGUAGUUAAUUUUAACUCAUUCAAAGUGCCAUUUUGUUUUUCAUGUGAAGGUUUAUCUUCUGAGCUUGGACGUGAUUCCGGACCUCUCAGGUCUCAGGGGGGUGGGGGGUGGGGGCAACAGAUCUUCCUCAUGAUUGGGAUUUAAGGGAAAAAUGUCAAAGCAAAGCAGGUCGACACUUGAAGCGGCAGUUCAGCUCAUACUGCUAACAUGCUAAGCUAAUUUUAAGCCAACAUUUGCUAAGAAAAAAAAAAAAAAGAUGUGUUACCAUCGAAAACUUGUAUUUUGUUUCUCAUUAAAAUAUGAUGAAGAAGCCACUUUUCAUUUGACCGACCUUCACGUUCAUUGCAAAUGACUAGCAAGCAUUUGUUCAUGACCUGAGUUUGUGAACUUUCUUUUUUAAUAACAUUUUAAUAGAAUGUUGAUUAUGUGUGUCUCGUGAUUCAACUGAUGUUAUUGACAAAGACAGCUAACGCAAUUAGCUAACAAAAGCAAUAAUGACCCGAUUAGCAUGAAACAGAGACCAAAUCUUUACCCAGCGACCUGUGUUCAAACGUACUUUCUGAUUUGUCCUCACGUUCUUUUCUUUGUAUUUGAUUGUAACUUUCCAUGAGUGUCGACCUGUUUUAGCCAGCUAACAUGCUAAAAGCUAAUCCAGAUCAGUUCAUUAACUGUAUUUUUUUUUUACUUUUUUAACUGUUUUUAGAUGAAGUCAAUUGUUUCUGCUUCAUUUGUGCACAAACGUUUGUCUCCUUCACCUGUAUGUGAAAAUAAAAACCUUGUCCCGACUCAUACUUGCUCCUAAAUUUGUUAUCGGUC